AUGGGACGACAUGGGGGUGAAGGUCAGCAGCUACACCAUCUGCGCUUUGCUGAUGACAUCGUACUGAUAACACCUAGCAUCAGCCAAGCUGAACGAAUGCUGACCGAAUUCGACAAAACAUGUGGAUGCAUCGGUCUUCAAGACUUCUUUCUUCUAAAAGACGAUGUUCAUGCGGAACGAAUGGGUCUCGGAUGCCCCAUUCACGUUCAACGGAACGAACACGUCCGAACGCAUCAGUUAGGUUUAUCUGGGCGGGAAUUAAAAAAGAUGAACGACUUGACCCCCGAGCUGGGCAGGAGGAGACGAACGGCUUGGGGAGCGUAUAAGAGCAACGAGAAUGUAGUGAAGAAGACCUGA